AUGGUCAACACCUUCAUCCUCUCCCUUGCUGUUAUAGCUUGUCUUGUGCCAUCCAUCUCUGGAGACAACUGCAAGCCGGGUCUAUCCUACUGCGGUUCCACGCUCCUGCAGAUUGGUAACUACUCGGACCAAGUUGACGCGGCGCUGAAAGCGCAGUCGUUGAACACCAGUGCCCAGGUCACCGCGAAUACUCUAUUCGAUUGUAUAGGAGGCCCCAGCGGGGACAUCAAGGUCAUCAGCUAUUGUUAUUACGGAUGUACAACGGUCAGUGUGGGAAACAGCGACUAUUGCAAGAACACGGGGCAAGCUGCCAAUAGCACAUCCUCUGCUACAGUUUUGCCCAGUCCUUUAUCGACCACCACUGUCGUCACUUAUCCCAGUGCCUCGCCCACCACACCUACGACGAGCAGUAACGAUUCCAAUGGUUCAUAUGCUGCACCUAUAGUUGGUGGCGUUAUCGGCGGCGUUGUAGCACUCGCCUUGAUCGGGACCAUGGUCUUCCUCUUCUUUCGGAACAAGAGGCAUCGGCAAGAAAGAAGCGACAAGGUUCUCGUCCCGUCAGUGGGCCACCGUCCUAUAGGGCAACAAAAGCCUCUCCACGUUUCAAGACCGCCCAACAGCCGUGACUUCGGGUCAACCGCAUUCCCUAUCGAGGACGAGAGACCCGUAUACGAGGUGCCUGGUUUUAGUGAGCCGCGAAUCCACGAGGCGCCUACGGAUGCCAGGCAAGAGCUCUAUUAG